GUGUCAUGAGUAGCUGAUCCAAUCAUUGGCUCCCAUACCAACAGAACCGAUUUUGAGUUGAUUUUUUUUUAAUCCAUCCCAUGCUCCUUCCUUAAAUUCGAUGAAGACAGUACAGAGGUCAAUCAAUCUCUCCACCUAGUUUGAUAAAAUCCAUAGUGAGCAACUUUAAGAUGUUGGCAUUACCAUUUCGUUUUCAGAAAACACUUUCGGUUUAGAUGAUAAACCUCUAAACCCAGGAUGAAGAAAAUGAGAGGGAUGCCAGGGGCUCUCAUAGUGGGGAUCACCGUGGGUGUGAUGAUUGGAGGGGUUUUGGGCGUAUGCGCUGUGUGUAUGUUGAUCAGGUACAGAAGCAAGUGUUCCCCAAAAUUGAGUCGGAGGGCCGCCACCGUCCCCAUCCGCGUAAAUGAUGUUGAUUCUUCUGCAAACUUAUCGGAAUUCUCUGUUGGCCGCUACUCCGACUCAUCACUGGGCCAGGUCUCAGCCAGAACGUCUGAAGGGAAUGCCAUGUCUGCGUGGGUGGAUAUGGAGGGUCAUAAGAGGAAGAAUGCGGCCUCAGCUUUUGGAAUACCCAACUACUCUUACAGAGAGCUAGAGAAAGCCACUUGUAGCUUUACAACUCUGAUAGGGCAAGGGGCAUUUGGUCCUGUUUACAAAGCUCAGUUGUCAAAUGGUGAGACUGUGGCUGUUAAAGUUCUUGCCACUGACUCUAAGCAAGGGAAAAGGGAGUUCCAGGCAGAGAUUCUGUUACUAGGAAGAUUACACCAUAGAAAUCUUGUGAACUUAGUGGGAUACAGUGCAGAUAAAGGACAGCUUAUGCUUGUGUAUGUCUACAUGAGUAAUGGCAGUCUGGCUUCUCAUUUAUAUGGUCAAAAGCAUGAGCCACUAAGCUGGGAUUCAAGAGUUUCCAUAGCUCUCGAUGUUGCAAGGGGAAUGGAAUAUCUACAUUAUGGGGCAGCUCCUUCCAUAGUCCACCGCGACAUCAAAUCUUCCAACAUACUGCUGGACCAAUCCAUGAGAGCCAGAGUGGCAGACUUUGGGCUUUCAAGAGAACAGAUUUUUAAAUCACAUGCAUCUAAUGUCAAGGGGACUUUUGGGUAUCUUGAUCCUGAAUAUCUGUCAACAAAAACCUUCACUAAGAAAAGUGAUGUUUAUAGUUUUGGCGUGCUGCUCUUUGAACUAAUUGCAGGCAGGAAUCCCCUACAGGGUCUCAUGGAAUAUGUAGAACUUGCAACAAUAGGUACAGAAGAUGAAGUUGGGUGGGAGGAGAUUGUGGAUUCCAGUCUCAAUGGAAAAUUUGAUGUGGAAGAACUCAAUGAUAUUGCUUCUCUUGCUUACCAAUGUAUCAAUCAUCUCUCAAAAAAAAGACCUUCUAUGAGGGACAUUGUUCUAGCUCUAUCUAGGAUUCUCAAGCUGAACCACAGCAGGAAGCGUCACAAGGAGUCCAUGUCUGCUACAGAAGAGGAAAUCACCAUCGAAUUGCAGAAGUCAGAGACACGGGAUCCCACAGUAAUGGAAUUUCAAAAAAAGGUGGCUAUUGACAUCACAACCCAAUCCGUUGAAAUAUGAUAAUGAUUUUACAAUCUUUCUUCUUUUUUUUCAUUUGGUUUAUUCUUACUUCUGUUUCUUCUGUUUUGGUUCGUAUACCAUAGUCACCAGGAAGCUACAAAGGGAAGCUUGUCUUCCCUGUUUUAAAAAAAAUAAUAACAAUUGUUUGUAUGUCUGAAUAUUUUUGUGACAAGGUCUCAUUUUUGUAUUGCUUCUCAUGUCUGCCAAGGAGAAUGAAACUGCCUUUCCCCUA